AUGGCUAGCCCUAGUAUACCACAAACACCAUCAUCUUUCAUCCACUAUCCACCUUACUCGCCUUCACAUAUUCUACCAGAUUAUGAUCAUAUUCUUAUACAAAGUCCCAGGAGCACUUCAAGUACAAUAAGCAGACAAAGUAGAAUGAGCAGACAAAGUACAAUAAGCAUACAAAGUAGAAUGAGCAGACAAAGUACAAUGAGCAGACAAAGUACAAUUAGCAGACAAAGUACAAUUAGCAGACAAACUAAUAACAUAGCAAAAGAACUCGUAGAUCAAUUAAAAAAAUUAGAACGCGAUCUGCACAGUUUAGAAAGACUUACAUGUAUACACAGAUUAUAUGAUGAACUAAAAAAGCUUGGAUGCAUAAAGAUAAAAAAAUAUCUUGAAGAACAAAUAAAAAAUAGAAAUAUUAGUGUAUUGAUUGAAGCAAUAAACAAGGCAGCUCAUUUGAAAAAGAAACUUGAAGAAAGUUAUUCAACCGAAAAAAUAGAUUCAUUAGAAUAUACAUUGUCAUAUCUGCAUAAAACGAAAAUAACUGACAUUGUGCAAGAAAUCCAUAAAAUUCGAAAUAAUCACUCUUCAAAUCAAAAUAAUCACCUCACUUCAAAUGAAUAUAAUCACCCCUCUUCAAAUCAAUAUAGUCAUCACUCUUCAAAUCAGUACAAUCACUCCUCUUCAGAUGAAUAUACUUCUUCAAAUCAAUAUAAUUACUCCUCUUCAAAUCAGUAUAAUCAUUCUUCUUUAAAUCAAUAUAAUUACUCCUCUUCAAAUCAAUAUAAUCAUCCCUCUUCAAACCAACAUAAUAGGAACUUCUCUUCAAAGUUAGAAUAG